AUGGAGAAGGUUAUACGUUUCUCCCUGCUCUUUUUUCUACCGAUAUGUUCCCAUAUUGGCGAAUCAGUCACAGCAAAAAUUACGUUCGCUGCGAUCGGGGAUUUCGGUGGAAUCCCUCUACCACCAUAUUCAACUUACACACAGAAGAAGAUAGCGAGAGUCAUGGGAAAGGUAUGUGCUACAUUUAAGUCCAAAUUUUACAGCGCAUUUUGAUAAACAUGGCAUUGGUGAUCUUCGCUUCUUUUUGCUGCUGGUUGCUUGUACUCAGUGAUUUGAUCAACGGGUGUUUUUCUGUUCCUGGAGUAGACAAAGAAGAUGAUCAAUUGUCAGUUUGCUUAGUUUUAUUCGAUUUCUUUCAUGAAUGUAGAUAAACUCAUAUUUAUGGCGCCUCCAUAGACAACAUUUUCUUAGACUUUCACCUUGAUCAGACAGUUUAGUGCGUAAUCCUCCGGAAGUAUCGAAAUUUGCGACGACUGAUAAAUAAUUUAGUAAAAGGCUCCAAAUACGGAGAUGUUCAACUGUGGCGGACCGCUCUUAACUUUUUUCAGUAUUGCUGUCCUGUUCCUAAAAAUUGCUUUAGGGCGUUUUAAAACUGUUAAUUUCAAGUCGCGGGGCAGAUCUAGACCAUUUCCUCUGUCUGUCAUUUUCAAAACUACGUGGUAACUAAGUUAACCACAAAAAGUGACUGAGAAGAUAAAAUACGCCCAUAUUUCUUGGUCUGUCCGUUCUCGAAAUAACUAGGAAUAAGUACGUCAACGUAAAAAAAAACUCGCUCGCGAGUUGCGUCUGUGCGUGGCGGCUUCGUCACUAGACUUUACAUCGCAUUUUUCUACUAAAAGCGGAAAGCUCUGAAACUUUGAAUAAUUAUUAUUACAAACUUCAGGCUUGAAUAAGAAGGAAAACCUUAAAUGAUAUUUUCCGUUGCUUGGUAGUGGAAUGAAGCUUUACGGUAUGUAGCAAAAUGAGAAAAUCUAUUAAUGAACCGCACUGGACAAAAAAUUACCGCCUGUUCCUUCGAAACCCUGAAUUGCUUAGGCUUCCCUUUGUAAAUAUAAUUUCAUUCACGUGAAAUCAUUGACACAUUGCCUUGAACAUGUUAUUAUCGACCAAAACAAAUUUAAGCUGGGAUUAGAAAACCGAUUUUCAUUGAUUUUAAGGAGAAAGCAUUUUAAUAAUUCUCAGAUUUUCAAAUUCUCAGGCAUUGUAGGCUAUAAAGUUUUAUCUUAAUUUAAAAUCAUUCGUGUAUUUUCAAGUUGUUUUGCCACACUAUGAUAAAUUGCUUUCUUAUUAAAAUCAGUUUGCUCAUCAAAAUGCGAGUGUCUUAAAGUUGUUUGAGUUGUUAUUUUAAAAUCAACCAACUGUGUAAAUAAGACGUGAUAAGUUUUUUCCGCUUUCCUCUUUUAGUUGCAUGCAAGGUUUUAAAACGGUGCAUUUUAUUGUACGUACGCGUCGUCUUUGCUGAGACUUUUUGAAAAGAGCCUUCAAUAGUGGCCUUGUUCAAUUUUAAGACUUAGAUGCUAAUCUGGGGCUGAAGGCCAAGAAAUUAAGAAGAUAUAUGCCAUCGACAUGUGAUUACAAUAACCCGACAUGGCCUGGAUUGAUUCACUUUAAAAUGUAAAGUUAAACAGACCUUCAAAAAGUGUGAUAUUUAAAACUAGUUGGGAACUUCUCUAACCAUAAUCUGUAUUCUGUUAAUCAACUCUCUCGACGACCCCAAAAGACCCCUCUGAAACACGGAAUCUAUUCCUCUUCACGAACACCUCGGCCAUUGUACAUGCAUGAGCGCCAGUACCGCUCAACGUUGUUUGUCUUAAAAUAAGUUGACUGUGUUUAUAUUUCUAUAUUUAUACUUGGCAAAGCUAGGUUGUCCAUCGCGCGUGUUUGUGUGAUGUGCAGGAUUCAUCUGUAGGUUGGGGAUUCAGAGCAACACUGGUAUACGAUUACAGUAAAAACCAGUCAAAUAACCUUCUAAAAUAAAAGAAAAAAACACAGAACAUCACUUGAAAGUUGCGGCUAACUGACAUGGCUUUAUUGGGGAACUCUUACACUCGUAUCGUGAUCUGAUAAUGCUAGGAGGUUUCCAGAUUGGGAACUUGCAAUUGCAAAAAAGCGUUUUCUCUGAAUAUACAUAGCUAAUAAUUCGCCAGUGUAUGGCCAGAAAAGAUGAAAACAGACAGCUAUGCUGGAGUUAAAAUUAAAAAGAAUUUUAUCGAUUGGUAAAGAUCCCACCUUGUGAAAACGUCUGAAAUAAGAAACUUAACAGCUAUGUUAAUUUGACAAUGCUUUCCGCUUUGAAGAAAACAACUAUAUGUUAAUUACGUGUAAAUUCAUUUAAAAUACCGCAAAUAUGCUUCGUUGGAAAAGCGCUGGCUUUGCUUACUUGAUUUUGAGAUCCGACUGACGUUUGACUAUAAAGAGGUUUUGAUUAGCUGUCGCGUGUAAAUCACGAUAUAGGCAAUACUUCAAUCACAUAUUUUUCAGUAAUCAUGUAUCAAGUUUAUCAGCUUGGCUGGUUAAAUAUACAGAGCCUUUUUGACCGUUUAUGACCUCGGAAAAUAACGCUCUUUUUGCUUUUAACGGGUAUAAAUACACUGUAAAUAUUUAAUCAGCUUUGGAAGAGCUUUACACUCGAAUAAAAGCUCUUAUACAUUGACAAUGAUCCUUGUCAAACCGGUGGCACCAGAGUUCUUCGCCUUUUAAAUCUCCUCACUCAACCCUUACCCCUCAGAAAGGCUUGUUACUCAACGAUCUCAACAAAUCAAAGCCGUUUAAUAUCCCGGCCUCUUCGCCUUUCUAAUUAGGCUUUGGCCCACUUUCAAUGCCGCAUACAAAAGUGAUGUAAACGUUUGCGAGGAAAAAGUUUCGGAAUAAUAUACCAUUUUACUGAAACAUUUUUUUUGCGGGUAUUAGGGUGUCGGGGGUUUCUAGGUGAGUUGUCGACCUGGUAUAGGAGACACACUGUAGCAGUUUAAAUACCCUUCCGAUUUAAAUGCUUCACUCGGAGGAUCAUACUUAGCCUGUUCCAGGCUCCGAGAGGCGGGUCCGCUGAAUUGAGAAAGCGCGAACAUGAAAAAGAAAUAAAUAAAUGAAAAAACGGGAGGAAACUGGGGAGAGGAAGGGCGAUGGAAGAGGGGCGUAAAAGAAAUGAUUACAUGCUCUCUAUCCCUUUCUUUUUCUUCUCCCCCCCCCCCCCGCCAACUUUUCUUUGGCGUCUUUCCCGGCCACUCUUUCGCGUCUUCCCCACUAUCUGAGAGCCUGGAACAGGUUAGAUCAUACUCAGCCUACUUGUUUCUUUUAUUUGAUUAUAGGAUUCAAUUAUCAUGCCUUAGACUAUUUGUGCCCGCGUAAAAUGAACUCAUAUUUCCUUUGUUUCCUAUGUGUUAUUACUUUUAGUUUUCCUCGGGGGAUAGUUUGAAUAGUAAAUGAGCCCGUAGGCUCAGGACGCAGCGGACUCGUACGAAUAUAGUCUAAUUAUGCUCUGCUUCAAACUGUGAAAUAGGUUGCUUCACAGACAAGUUCUUUACUUACUUUUUUAGUUCGCCGAUACAAAACAAGUACAAUUCAUCGUUGGAUUAGGCGACAAUUUUUAUUACGAGGGUGUCAAGAACGUGGAUGAUCACCGAUUUUCUUCGACAUUUGAGCACGUGUACAAGUACCCCGCCCUAAAAACAGCCACGUGGUACAUGAUAGCUGGAAACCAUGACUACGGCUCUAACGUGUCCGCGCAAAUAGCCUACACCAAGAGGUCUAAACGAUGGCACUUUCCCCACUUCUUUUAUACACAAGGUAUUUGUUUACAGCUACACAGUAUACUUACCCGCUUCGUACCCGGGAGGGGUGGGUACUCUCUAUAACGGCCUAUACGGGGAGGAAACACUUGUGAAGGCAAAACCUCAACGGCAAACCAGUGAGGGUCAGCCGGACAUUAGUAGACCUGGAUUAGUAAAAUCUUCGAUAACAAAUUUUAAAAUUAGAACUGUAAACUUAUCCUUACUCCAGGAAGAGUGUUAGGAAAAAUAGAAAAAGAAAACAAAAAUAAAAUGGUGAAUAAUAUUUGCCCAAUAUUUCCGUUUGCAACACAAACCUUCAACGGGGGCUAAGCAAAAUGAAUAUAGAUACAAGAUGAACGUUACAUAUAGGAGAUUUUAAUACACAGCAAACGGACAAAAUGAUAGGCUACCAAAGAGAUAAAUAUCACUAAUUGAGUUCAUCACGUCUAUUUAUACCACGGGAUUCUAAUGUCAUGGCUUUGUCGAUGAGGUGAGCCUCGAUCGCGUUCCUUUUUGACAGAGUCACGGUUGCUACGGAUUAGUUCUAGGGGAAUAAGAAGGACUUCGUUGAUAGAGUGAUCGGCUCAAAUUAUGAUGUUCAGAAACAGGAGUAGAACUAGCACGCGAUGCUCCCCAGAACUUUCGUGGAGAUGGCGCUUGGUCUCCCCCACGUAUUGUUUGCCGCACUUUUUACAUUCAAUCACUAAGGUAAAUAAAGUGAGGUACCUUUUCAAGGCUAUGAAGACAUUUGAAAGAGUAGGAAUUUCACUAGUUGAGGUAUAUGAAAGGGCAGGGCGAUCUGUCAUUUCGGCCAGCAAAAAGGCCAAAAAGGCAGCUCUGGGAGCCAAACCGGCGGAAAGGGAGCUAAAAGAUAGUAGGAAUUGAACAAGUUUUCUUGUCUUUAGGAACAAGUCUUUGCGCAACUGUUUUCAUAAAAAGGUUAUCUCUUUCAGAGGUCUUACUAUAUACCGACAGUACGGAACCAACUCUCGACACAGACACUAAGCGGACAGCUUUCUGCAAAACGGCGUAGUCCUUGAAGAAAAAAAAGCAUUGUAUUAAGUUUGUUUUUUCCGUUAUAGAUAGGUUUUCCAGGCGGUGCGCGUCAGAAAAAGUGCAACUGUAUGUGUAUUUUUAUCGGUUUCAGUCCUGAAAAUACCUGGAUCCUCUACAACAGUUCAACUGGUGAUGAUAGACACAACUCUUCUUUGCUGCAAAAAGUAAGUAGAACUAGUGUUGGGUACACCACAUUGACAUGAAGACGAAGCGAAAUGGUUAUUGUGGAUUACUAACCCGUUAACGUUAAUCUCGUUUGAAUGACUUUUUAAACAAAUGACUCUGACUGCAGGCUCAGUGAUACCUGUUAUUGUAUUUUUCAAUUGAUGCUCUUCGCGUAUUGUAGUUAUUUUAAUUGUUUUUUUAUUCUGCGACAAUUGAAAAGCUGGCUCGUUGUAGCAGGCGCCAAAAAAGAGAUUCUUAGAUUCUAAGACGAGGACGACUACGAGUACGAGAUUUUCUCAAUAUUAAGAAGUGCGCACGGGUGAAUCAGCGUUAUUUUGGCGGGAAAGCGUGAUAGCCGUAGUCAAUGUUACCAUGAGUUUUAGCGAGAAUGUCGUAGUGACAGAAACAAGUUUAUCAACUAUUAGAAGUUUAAUUUUAUCAUUCUGCGAUCGGGAAAAGGCUUAACCUCCUUCAAUGAAGAUAACAGUGCUAACUUUUCUGGUUAAAAAUAGGUACAAUACGGGGUGUUUAUUUUCUGCGAAAAUCAAAAUCUCGAAGUCGUACUUGUUCUCCUCCUCGAAUCUAAAGGUGUCUAAAAAUGAUCCGCAUGUUUCCUAACAGUGUGGACUUGGCAUAGGCUGGCAGAACGAUGUUGAGCGUAAGACCUGCUCUGAGGAUAGAGACGCUCUCUCCUGAACAAACACACACAAACACAGAAAAAAAAUUGCCAUAAAUCACCUCCAUCUAACCAGGGCAAAAUAGAGUGAGAGGAAUAACCCCGCCUCGAAAUGUCGUUUCAUCUAGGGAAGAGGCGAAAAAGUCCUAUGCACCUGGUGUUGCACUGGUGCCAUCUGCCCACUGGGUUAAGCUUUUGCGUUAUGAACUCUCACACUUAAACGAUUACUUACAGUAUAGAGAAUAUUUAAAAGAACACAAGAGAAAUUCAGGAAAUCCAAAAAAGGAUCGCGAUUAAAAGAAGAUUGAAACAGAUUGCGUUACGGGUAACAUGAAAAACGGCGACCCUUUUUUCGUUUUUGUCUCAGUAACUCAUAAUACUUUGCAAGCAUCUAUAUUUGAUAUAUGGCGGUAUUUUUGUGAGUAAAAAGGUUUUUCUGUCACUAAUUGGCAAUUUAAAUCUUGUAGUAAACGAGUCUGAAUUUUAAUGACUUAUUUGAGGCCUAUCAGUGGUCGUUAUGCUGGCCAUCUCGCGCUUAGCUGACUUAGACGUUUUUAUUUACUCAGGCAAAAAGAUUUAGAGAAAUUGCCAGAUGUGGAGGAACAACUCAUAUGGAUAAAACAAACACUCGAGCAAUCUACGUGAGUAGUAGUAAUUCAUUGAAAUCCGCCGCGGAAUGCGUCACAGAUGAUUUAACAGAUUCACAAAAAGGCCAUCUUGGUAUAAAGAGCCCUUCUUUAUUUCAGCGCAAACUUAUACUGAGAACCUUUCACUGCGCAACAUUUGUGACGUUACCAGUCGUGACAAUAAAAGACAACUCUGAUAAACACUUGAAUGCAAUGCGGAAAAUGAGUUUUUUUCUUACGCGACUGACGUAUUUGAAUUUCAGAGCGGAAUACCUCAUAGUAGCUGGUCAUCACCCAGUCCUGUCAGCUGGUAUCCAUGGCAACACUCCAUAUCUUAUAUCUAAACUCAAACCAUUGCUGGAGGAAAAUGACGUCACUGCUUACCUCAGUGGUCACGAUCAUAAUCUACAGGUACGUCUUCAAUAUUCUACCUCCCCUCAACUUAUCAAAUCUCGUGUGUACUAAUCAACAAUUAUUGAAUGAGACUGAGUAUCAUCUGAAGAAUUAUGGAGAUCGAGGAGGGUGUUAUACGGCCUCGGCGGGUAACACCCUCCGCGAUCUUCACAGUUCUUCAGAUGAUAGGAAAGCCGAAUUCAAUAAUUUUUUUAUUAUUCAUUCAAAAUGAUUCUUAGUUUAAAAACGAACUAAAACAUGCUUACCUCCAUAGAUGUUAAGUUCAUCUUCGAUAGUGCAUGAGUAUGGAGAAAUUCUGGAGAUAACAGGUUGUUCAGUUCUACAAAUAUUUUCCAAAUAGCAGAUGUCGUCCGCCGAGUUGUCUUCUUGCUGUUCUUGUUAUGUUUUCAGCCAAUAGUUCGCCUAUUUCUUCCUCGUGAAACAAGUGAAAUGUUCCGCCUUUUUGUACUCUAUGCCAAAAACAACUCAAGCUCGUUCCCAGGUCUUCUCGAUUAACUGUCCAAUAAUAUGGCAAUUUUGCUGCACAGUUGACGUCAUUUUUCACAUAGCGCAAAAUUCUCGCUGGAUGUUAGCCAAUCAGAAAAGGAGAAACAUUUUGAAUGAAUAAUAAUUAAAAUAAAAACUAAUGACCUUCGCAGAUUAUAUUCUGCGACAUGAUCCCUUUGUCAAACUUGUAUUUAGCCUUGUACCGGGAGAAGAGAAGUUACUAAAUAAUAAGCAUACACAAAUCUACUUGGUAACGUAGCCUCGUAGCCCUUAACAAAGUGAUGUUGAGAGAUUAAUGAACUAUAAAGAAUAAAAAAUAACUCUACGAUACCUUGGUCUGAAAAGGUGAUUGCGACCACUUAUAAACAGUGUAUACAAUUUUUAAAAAAUAGAGGUGACUACUUUAUAGAGGUUAUUUCUGCAGCAGUAAUGUAGUUCCGCAUCCAGACCUUGAGGUAAUGGGUGGGGGCUGGUCUCCAAAACAAAAUUUUUCGGCCCUUCGGGCCUCAGUUUGGUCUAAAAAUAAGGGCUGGGGGGCGGGCCCCUCCCCUGAAUCCGCCACCGUUAAUGAAACCGUUGCUGGGACUUUGUCAGCAAGUGACCCCUCGAUAAAUGGUGCUCAUGGUUAAUAGAGGUUCGCUUAGAUCAUGGUUGACUGUAUAGGGAAUAAUGUAACUGAAUUUCUCCUUUGUCUUGUAGCACAUCAAGGAGGAUCACUCAAAUGUGCAUUACAUUGUGACGGGUAACGGUAACUUUUACAAUUCGUACAUGCUGCACAAAAGGAUGCUUGGCAAUUCACUCAAGUAAGUCGUGCGCCUAUAAGAUAUAAGUUAAAUUAUAUUUCCACCGCUAUGGGUUGCUUUUUUAUCGGUCAAACAUGCUGACAUACGCGCCAAGUAGUGAACAAAUAACGAUAAACGUAUUCUCUCACACCAAGAGAGAAUACGUUAAGGAAACAUGGCGAGACGUGAACAAAUUGUAUUGACAAGGAGGAAUAGGUACAAGCAGUCGGGACCAGGAUUUCUGGGAUUGUUUGGGUGGACAUUACAAGCAGUAACUGACGAAAAAAUUUAAGGUCGUAAGGUUUUAACUUUUUAUUAACAGUGAAGCGUCCCUUUAACAAAGUGCAUGAGCAACAUAAUUUGAUGGAAGAUCGAUCGUUCACUCUAAUGACUUCCUAAUGUCUCUUUAUUCUACAGAUAAAAAGUCCCUGAAUAAAGAGUAAUACUUUUUUUUGCAUUUGUAGAUUUUUCCAUGGUAAUUCGGGAGCUUUCACUUUGUUUGAAGCGACGCCAGAAGUUCUCAAAGUUUUUCAGAUCGACGAGUACGGAAAUGAAGUAUACAAUACCCACUUACAGCCGAGAACAACAAUACAAUCAUUAAAUGACGCAGAGGAUGUUUUGCUUGACGAUUUUUUUACUUCGCAGUCUUGACGUCUUGAGCAGAAGCAAUAGAUGAUGCCCAUGUAAAUAUAUGUUGCAUAAAUUCAAAGGUUUAUUCGAAUGCAUAGACGACACUUCAAUAAAAUAUGUGUAAAUAUUUCGAAGAAGUAAGAUGAAGUGAUCUUAUCAAUCUCCUUUGUGUAAGGUGCGACUUGGUUAAGGGAGAAACCGGGUUAUAACUGGGUUUUUAUGUGCAGUUUUUUAGUGGCUGUUCCAGUUAGUUUAGAGGCACUACACUCAAAUAAGAAGAAAAAUAAUAUUCCAAAUAAAACAUAGCCUCGCAUACCUUCUUAUAACUUGCGUAACAGGCGGCUAUUAGGACGAAGGGAGUAAUUUCGAGGACGCGAGAAUGGAAGUGUGCCCCUUGCGUACCCUGAGCUCCUAGUAACAGAAAGGGAACGUGACUUGACGGCGGCGGGCAAAUAGAACAACUGGCUUGACCAAUGGCAGAGCGGAAAAUCGGGCACCUGAAGUGGCGUUCAGUCCUUUUCGCGCGCUUUCCCUUCGUCAACUGACAUUCCCUUUCUUUGCUAAAUCAGCCUUAAACCAAAAAAAAAUAACCAGCGCCUGUGACGCAGAUCACCGUUCUUAAGGUUUCAUCAUGAGAGUCUCAACAGGGUGAUAGCUUUCACGGUUGACGGUUAAUUUUCUCCGAUUUUAACGGUUAACUGUUAUUAAGCGGAAAAUUCGUCCAAGAGUUUUAGUAAAUAUUAACUUCUGAAUAAAGUCAU